AUGAUCAGCAGAAAGGGAAUUCUGAUUCUAACGCUUGUAUUCUCUCUGUUCAGCCUUCUCAUGCUGCUGACGAGACACUCGCAAAUCCACGCACCGGAUCUCUCCCACCUUCGCUCUACAUUCACGCACCGGCCAGAUAUCUACAACUAUCCAAUCACCCUCCCAGAUCUCCCAGAUCAGCUCAGCUCAAGGCUUGCGGACAUUCUUGACCAGCCUGCGCUCAACCAUUCCGAAGCUUAUCACAUCAAUUCCGCUAUUUGCUUGCCAAAGACGCAUGAAGCAGUCGGCGAUACGCAGCAGCUCAGAGAGGAAUUAGGCAAUUGGGAGCAAAUAACACCAAAGGAGAUAAUAAAGAUUAGAAGUGAAAUUAUUCAUCACUUAGAGUCUCUCGGAGAAGACGCUGUCUUCAAUUUCGAUAAGGCCGGUUUGAGACACAAUGAAACCACGAAAGGUCUCGUGAUCACAGCCGGUAACAAAGACACACAUGAACGAGCUAUCACGUCCCUCAAAAUGCUCAGAAGCAUGAACUUUACUUGGCCGGCUGAAAUAUUUCAGUAUCGUGAUGAGCAUUUGUCUUCCGAGUUAAAUCAGACGUAUGCCUCCCUCAACGCUACUGUCAGAUAUGUACAGGGUGUAUCGAAAGACUUGAUGAGCGACGACCAACACAACUAUCAAAUUAAAGCGCAUGCUAUUAGAGACUCGUCGUUCAGAGAGGUGCUUUACAUGGACAGCGAUAACAUUCCUAUCCGAAACCCUGACUUCCUAUUCGAUGACCCCAUGUAUGCAGACCCAUCAUCUCCAAGAGUCACAUUCUGGCCUGAUUUCCAGAAGGACCAUCCAGCCAAUCCUAUCUGGAGGAUUCUAGGUAUUUCUUGUCAGUCUGAUGAGUGGAGAAUUGAUUCAGGUCAAAUUAUGUUUGACAAGGCUGGUAACGAUGGAAUGAACCUAGCUGCUCUACACAUAGCAGCAUUGAUGGCUGAUAACCACAAGUAUUGGUUCAAGUUGGCGGGUGGUGACAAAGAUACGUUCAGAUAUGCGUUCCACUUACUCAGAAUCCCAUACGUGCAUGCUCCAAACUGGGUAGCAGCAGGAGGAGCACCAACACCCAUCUCACGCGACAGUAGUAUCAGAUUUUGUGGUCACAGUAAGAUACAAUUCGAUCUCAACACCUUAGAACCAAAACCUGUGUUCGCACAUGCUCAACUUCUCAAGGGUGCUAACGUGGAUCAUACGACAGCAAGUCAGGUCUUUGCCAGUGUCAAGAAGUCGAACAAGGCAUUAGCAUUAAAACCACUUUCUGGUUCGCCUGUUGAGAUUUACGAUGGUCCUAGAGGUAAAUGCUUCAAUCUCCUCGGCAGCGUAAAAAACAGUUACGAAAUUUGGAUGGAGGAUCUAAUGAGAAUCGGCCCUGAUCCGGCUUACCAUGGAUGGAGAACUGCCAAGUGGGAACGUGAAUGGAGACAGAAUGGUGGAUAUGUAGGCGGCUGGUGA